AUGUCGGACUCAGAAUUUGAGACGCGCUCCUCUUCAGGCCUUCCAAGUGCGGAAGCAAUAGAGCAAGGGCUGAGGGCUACAGUUGCAAAGAUAUACAAGUCUGGAAACCUUGAUGAGCUUACUGUGAAACGCGUGCGAUUGGCAACAGAGAAAAAUCUGGGACUGGAGCAAGGUGUCCUCAAAGCCCAUGCGGAAUGGAAACAGAAAAGCGAUGAGAUCAUAAAGGAUGAGGUGGAGAACCCAUCGCCGAAGUCUACUGCAGCGCCGACAAAGCCCCGAUCGAAGAAGCGACCCUCGCCUGAAACACAAAAGGCUUCAAAGCCUGUCAAGAAACGCAAGAAGGCAACUUCAGUGCAGUCUGAGGAAGAUAGUAACAACAUGUCUUCCGAGGAGCAUGACCCCAUGCCAAUUAGCAAUAAGAAAUCAAAAGCGCCACCAAUGAAAGUGUCUCGAAAUAAAAAUGUUACCAAAGUCGACGCUGAAUCAGAGGAAGACAAUUCAGAUCAGAGCGAUGGUGAUAAGAGUGUAACUUGUCAGCCGAAAGCUACAUCUAAGGCAACCAAAGCUGCGGACGCAGAAGGAGAUUCGGAGAGCGAAAUGUCAGUGCUCAUCGACGAAGAACCAAAACACAAAAAGGGAAAGUCAACCGCCCGGAGCACUGAGCUAGGUAAAGGCAAGAAGACCAAGUCGGGGAAGACACGGAAGGAAACUGUACCAGAAGACCCAGACCAGGCAGAAAUAAAACGAUUGCAAGGCUGGUUGGUUAAAUGUGGAAUACGGAAAGUUUGGGGCCGCGAACUCAUGGGAUGCAGUACACCCAAAGAGAAAAUCCGUCAUUUAAAGUCCAUGCUCAAGGAUGCAGGUAUGGAUGGGAGAUAUUCGAUCGAAAAGGCCAACCGUAUCCGGGAAGACAGAGAAUUGAGGGCCGAUCUGGAGGCUGCUCAAGAAGGCGCGAAGAAGUGGGGAGCCAAUAUCGAUGAGGAAGAGGAGUCUUCCAAGACUGGCCGGUCAAGUAGACGGAUUGCUAAGAGUUUCAAGCAGUUUGACUUCCUCGGGCAAGAUGACCAGGACUCGGAGUCUGAUUAA